AAAAAUAAUGAGCGAUAUGUAAGAUGCUAAUCCAUAUCCUCAAUUUGAUGAAUAACAAGAAUAAAAUCAAUAGAUUGAGGAACCUACAGCUUCUUAGUCAAUUCCAGUGAUUCAAUAAAAUAUAGUUUUAGAUAAUUAAGGUUCAGCAAGAACAAUAGGAGAAGCAUCAAGUGAGGAGAGAAAAUAAUUUCUUAUUCAAAGUUUAAGAGCCUUAUUAGUUCAGCAAAUAUUCUAAUUAUUUUUGAGUUUGGGUUUUUCUUUUGUAGAAGAGUGGGGAUUUUGUAGUAAUUUCUUUUUAUUUCUAUUUUUUACAUUGAGUCUACAUUUAUUUAUAGUUACAUAAAAAGGGAGAGGAAUGAAGAAGGAAGUACAUAUUAUACUAUAAAUAAUAGGAAAAAGUGAUGAAAUUAUAAUGGUUAGGUUGGGUAAUAUGUUAUUCAUUUGCAAUAACUCAAUUUGCAAGUUUGUUGAAUGUAUUGUAUUUAGGUUGGUUCUUGUAUUUACCUUUUUUAACAAUAUCAUUUAUAUUCCCUAUAAUAACAGUUGGAAUGAUUAUUCAUCUUUCAUCUGGAAGUGUGUGCGUAAAUGCAAAAUGUAAAGAGAUUUAAAUAUUAAUAUAGAAUAUACAAUGAUUUUUGUAGUGAUGAUCUUUUUUAUAGAUUUGAGUCUGUCAGUAUUUGAUGAAGGAUAUAUUCACUUUGGAUAUUUGAUUGGAGAGAUAGUAGGAUAUUUAUAUGGAUUAUAUUUAACUUUCAUAAAUGUUUAAAUUUAAUAUGUAAGAAUUUAACAAAAUAGUAUUAAACAGCCUGUGAAUGAUUUAUCUUUGAAUGUUUAAUAGGAGGAGACAAAAUUAGAUUAAGUGGUGAAUUUUUUAGAUAGAGGAACUUAGAGAUUUGAUGUUGGAGUGAUUCCAAAUGGAGGAGAUGAGAUUACAAUGGAAGAGUUAAAGAAAUAGAGUAAUGGUUAGAGAUUACUAAAAUUAAUAAUUCUAUAAGGAUUUGGAAUAAUAUUUUUUGUUUUUCCAUGGUUGUAUAUAAUGUUAGUGGUGUUUUUGAUGAUGGUAGCACAUAAGGCGGAUACAAAAUUUAUAUAGAUAGGAAAGAAGAGUGAGGUGAAAUUAAAUGAAUAAUUUGUUGCUCCAAUUUUAAUCAAUUUAGAUAUAUUGGGAGGAUUAAAGCAUGCAAUAGAAUGAAGAAGGGUUUGAAUAACAAUUGAAUAUGUAUAAAAUUAUAUACAAAAUCAAUAUUGAU